GAACGAUGAAGACAAUGUGAUAGACGAAAUCGAGGUUAUUAUGUUGGGUGAAGUGUGUCAACUGGCCACACAACACACGAGUUCAGAUCAACUCCAUUGAACAACCAAAUAUCAAGCGUGAACACGUGUGUGAACGUGGAAUGACCGACGUCUAUUAUAAAUACAACAAUGCAAUAUAUGCAGUCAACAAACGAACAAGUCAACGAGCAAUCGACACUCACUUCAACAGUGAACAACCACAAUGCAAUUCCUCACUCUCAUCAUAGUUGUACUGGUCGUAUCGUUUGAAUGUCAGAAUCCAGUUAUUGCUGGCCCUUCCAAUGACAUUGAUGAUCUGGUUGCCAAUGGCAUCGAUAAUAUAAAGAAAAUCGUCUCACUAAUACCGGGAAUUGAUUCGAGUGUUACAGAAGCAAACGCCAGUAUCUCAACGACAGUUUGAAAGACGUCCGACCCAAACUUGUUCAAAUCUGUAGACACUACCUAACGUGUGAUUUACAUUUUGUUCUUUAUAUACACUUGAUUUGUUCCAUA